AUGAGCGUCGACGUGUUCGGACGUAACUUGAAGCGUGGCGAGGGCAGUCGAGGACCUCCUGGCCACGGCUUCAAAGUCAGCGCCGAUGGUCAAUUUGAUUUGGAAAAUAAACGCUUGUGCAACGUCGCAGCAGCGCUGCAGCCAAACGAUGCCGUUAAUCUUCGCGCCGUGCAGGAAGAAUCAAAAAAAUUCAUCGAUCGACUGCUGGAGGCGUAUCGAGAUGAAAUCGAUAAGAAACUCAGACGCAUCGACAGCGAGAUCAAGACUAUAAAAACCUACGAGAUUAAUCUGUACUCGACGUAUAGUAAUCUCAAGGCUGCGAUCUGCGAACGUUUCAAUCGUACGUUAAAUAAUUCCAUGUGGAAGCAGUUUAGUUUACGAAGCAGUUUCAAAUGGUACGAUGUGCUGAGUAAACUCCUGACUGCCUACAAUAGUCGCAAGCAUCGUACUAUCGGUAUGAAGCCUAAGGAUGUGACGGCUGCCAAUAUCGAGCUAGUCAUGAAAAAGUUUGCACACGUGGCAGCAGCAGCAGCAAAGCAGCAGAAACCAAAGUUCAAAGUCAAUGACAAAGUCCGAGUGAGCAAAGCGAAAAAUUUGUUCGAAAAAGGCUAUACGGCCAACUGGUCGACCGAGAUAUUUACUAUCUCUCGAGUCAGACGCACGAAGCCGGUGACUUAUGAACUAAAAGACUUUCGCGAUGAGCCUAUCGCUGGCUGCUUUUACGAGCAAGAACUCUCGAAGACGGCCCAUCCGGACGUCUAUCUCAUCGAGAGGGUCUUGAAGAGACGAGGUAAGGAGGUAUUCGUAAAGUGGCUUGGAUAUGACAACACUCACAAUACGUGGAUCGACAAAUCUCAGUCAGUGUGA